CAGUCAUCACCCAUGUCCCAUGCAUGCUCUGAUGUACACGUUGCUGAUGCUUGAAGCAUCUCCAAAGUCCAAAGUCCAAAGUCCAAACCAAACCAUUGCCCUCCCACCACACAGGACAGUGAGUCCUGGACCUACUGAGAGAAAAAAAAGGCUUAACACAUCGACCCACAUGCAUGCUCGUCCUUCGCCCACACUAGCCAGUGCCAGUCCAGCGCUCGAGCACGAUGACGAGCCCCGUGAUCGCGCGGAAGGCCAAGCUCCGGAACCACCUCGUGUCCGCCAAGGCGAAGCUCAAGCACCACGUCACCCCGCGCCGCCUCGUCCUCCUCGCCGCCGCGGGGUGCUCCGUCUUCCUCGUCCUCCUCACCCUCCGCACCCUCCACUCCGCCGCCAGAGCAGGCGACGAAACUAUCAAGGCCGCCGCCGCAGCCUCCACGCCCGCUGCCGGCGCCGGCGCCGCCCAGCACGCUCAGCAGCCGCAGCCGCAGCAGCAGCAGCGCGAGUGCGCGAAGCUUCCCGCGUCCGUGACCGGGGCGCUGGUCCACUACGCGACGUCCAACGAGACGCCGCGGCAGACGGAGGCCGAGGCCGGCGCGGCCGCGCGCGUGCUGGCGGGGCGCGCGCCGUGCAACCUCCUCGUGUUCGGGCUGGGGCCCGACGCCGCGCUCUGGGCGGCGCUCAACCACGGCGGGCGCACGCUGUUCCUGGAGGCGGACGCGGGCCGGAUCGCCGCCGCCCGCGCCGCGCACCCGGCCGGCGUCGACGACCUCGAGGCCCACCUCGUCGCCUACCACGACCACCAGCACGCCUCCGCCACGGUCUCUGGCGACGGCCUCCUCGCCCUUGUCCGCAACUCCUCCGACUGCGCCGCCGCCUCCCCGCCGAAGCCGCUCUCGCCGGACCACCUGGAGCGGUCGCCGUGCGCGCUGGCGCCGCGGGGCCUGCCGCCGGCGUUCUACGAGGCCGAGUGGGACGUGAUCAUGGUGGGCGCGCCGGUGCCGGGCGCCAUAUACACGGCCGGCGUGGCGGCGCGGGCGCGGCGGCCGGGGACAGGGGAGACGGACGUGCUGGUCCACGGCGUGGACGGCGCGGCGGAGGAGAGCUUCGCGAGAGCGUUCUUGUGCGAAGGGUACAUCAAGGAGGAGGCUGGCAGGCUCCGGCACUUCGCCAUCCCGAGCCACAGGGACAAGGAAGCCAUGCCGUUCUGCCCUUGAGAUGAUGAUCGUCGAUAUGCUGAUGAUGUUAAUUACAGGGGCUAUUAAAGAAAAAAAGAGAGAGAGACAUCCAUAACAUUAAUUUUGAAUUUCAUAAUCUCAUCUUGUGGAACAACUUUUGACGCUACGUGAUGUGUAUGAGAUUUCACAAUUAGAUUUUUGUAGUUUUGUCAAUGUUUCUGUAUACCACUGGGGAAUGGGAUAUGGAGCCAUGAACUCCAGGACGAGAGAAUGAACAUUCUAUAAAGCCUACUACAGUGUA